AUGAGUCGUUCAGAAGCUCCGCCCUCACGUCUUCAGAUUUAUGGGUCUCGCAAAGGAGAUGAAGCAGUGGGCCACAAUGAUGCUCAAUUCCCAGACCUGUCAGCCUUCCUCAGCCAAGAGGAGCUGGAUAAAAGUGUGAAUCUAGCCUGCCAAGCCAUCGGACAUGGCCCUCACGAGGAAAGGGUAGACGUCAAGGUCUCAGUGACAACAAUGCCCACCUCUAACAUCUCCUCAGCCCCCGUGUCUUUAUCUACACUUCCCUCCAUUUCAUCCUCCAACCACUCUCCGGCUCCUUUUGCCAACCCAGUUGUACCUUUUAUUCAGUCCGCUCCCGAGGUGAAAGAACUGCCAGCAGCACACACAGCAGUCACUUUGGACAGAAAGGUGCACAAACCGUCCACACACCAAGACAAAGUAAUGAGGAACAGCAGGAACUCUACUGAAGGGUUUGACAACCACAGCAGUCCGGCAAAAAGUGCCCCGUAUGGUGUGGAAACCCAGUCCAAGAAGGAGUUCCUUAAUAAGGCGGCAGACUUCAUCGAAGAGCUCUCGUCCCUUUUCAAGGCCAACAGCUCCAAACGUGUACGACCAAGAGCUUGCAAAACCCACAGGAGUAGACUCCAGAACAAGAACGACCAGAUGGAGUUUCCUGGCAGCGCUGAUAACAGAGAGCGAGCUGUCCUCCCUCUGGAGGCGGAGAAGGAGAUACCUAACCUGGAUUUUAGCCAACUCCCAGUGGUCCAACAGGACCCUGGAUGCGAACAGGUGGAGUUUCAGGACAACAGGACUUGUGAAGAAGAACAGUUUGAUUCAGUAUCACAGGAUAUAAGGGAUCAAGCUGGAAGUUUUCCUUCAACAGAAACUUCACAUCAAGCAGAAUCUGCAUGCGAGCCUCCUCAUUUCAUCCAGAAACUGAAAAGCAGGGAGGUUCCUGAGGGAACCAAGGUCCAGCUAGACUGCAUUGUAAGAGGUCAUCCAUUGCCUGAAGUCCGGUGGUUUUGUGAAGGCAAGGAGCUGGAGAACAGUCCUGACAUCCAGAUCAUCACCAGCGGAGAGCUGAACUCUCUGAUCAUUGCAGAGGCCUUUGAGGAAGACACCGGUCGCUAUUCCUGCUUCGCUUCUAACGUCUACGGAACCGACUCCACAUCGGCUGAGAUCUAUGUUGAAGGUGCUACCUCCUCAGAUUCGGAGGAAGAUCAGCAGCUUGAACAUGUAGCGCAGCUGCAGAGGAAUCAGCUGAAGUCGCAUUUACCGCGAUCAUCCAACCGGACUCAGCCUGCUGGGAAAGAGGACUUGGAGUCAUCUCAGGCUGUGACAGCCUCACGGGAACCAGCAGAGGAGCUCUCGUCUCCAAACCUUAUCCAGAUCUUUUCAGAAGCUCCUGUUGUAGUUCAGACAUCUUCCGUCCCAGAACACUUGAAUGCCUCUGAGCUGAAUCCUUCUCUGGCGGACACCACAGAGUUACCUGUUCAGGUGCUUUCAGACUCACUAAAUACUGCAGAACCCAUAGAAGCAUCCGCCGCAGUCACAUCAGCACCACAGCUGGAGCAAACGGUUUCCACAACAGUUACCUCCCAGCAGUUGAAUUCACCUGCCCCACCUGACCCAUUGACUCCUGCACAAACACACACACUCCAGAGUCAAACCUCCAAUCAUAACUUUUCACAUGGAGUAAGUGAGCAGUUGGCUGUCACCGCUCCAGCAUUCACCAAGAACCUGCAGGACAUCACUGCAUCAGAAGGCCAGCUGGUGGUGCUGGAGUGUCGUGUGAAGGGGGUGCCAUCACCUUGGGUGGACUGGUACAGAGAAGGAAAUCUCAUAGAGGACUCGCCGGACUUCAGGAUCCUGCAGAAAAAGCCCAGAUCUCCUGCUGAAUCAGAGGAAAUUUGUUCCUUGGUCAUCGCUGAAGUCUUUUCUGUGGAUUCAGGAAGGUUCACCUGUACAGCUAGCAACAAGUAUGGAACUGUGUCCAGCACUGCUACGCUAAAGGUCAAAGGUAACAGCUGCACCACGCAAGUGAGGCAUGUGAGCGGUUCAGUGGAAGAGCCCGAUCAAACCCAAGAGCUUUUUCCAUUACCUCCAGCUGCAAACUCCCAACCAGAAGUUCCAGUGACCAGUAGCAUCAAGCCCCACUCCAGCACCAUCCACCUAGAACCACUUGUCUGCAGCACGUCACGCCCAAACCCCCUAAGCACCUGCACUCUCCGGCUGGACCCCAACGGGUCCAGCAUGUUUCGUCCAGACGCCCUCCGCACCAGCCUGUCUGGUCCGGAUCCGUCCAGUCUAACAAGCUGCUCUGGUCGGAAUUAUUUCAGUGCAAGCACCCCAAAACUGGAUCCUCCUUCUGUCUACUUGGAUCCUCAGGGAUCAUCUGGGUCACAAACAGAACCACGGGGCAGCAAAGAAACUCUCUUAAACCAAAAACCCUUCACUUGUUCACCUGCUGACGAGCAGGAAGUCUCCAGACCUUCUGUGACAUUGCCGGACUCGAGCUCCAGUCUCAAAGGAAAUGGGAGCCCGUGCGUUGUCCCCCUUCCCGAUCCUCCUCCCAACUCCUGCCUGAAAUCAGGAACCCUGACGAACUACAAAGACUCCCGCUCCGGCUCCAGAGUCGGUCUGCGCGUGCACUUUAAACUGCCCGAGGAUGAACAAGAGGAUGGGUCCAGUCACUCUGAUGAAGACAUCGGUCUGGCAUCAGGCAGCAAAGAGCCGCCCCCGGUGCUAGCCAAACCCAAACUGGACCCGGCUCAGCUUCAGCUUUUGCACAGCCAAGUUCUCAUGGAGCAGCAGCAGCAGGAAACCGAACCCCAGACCCAAACCCACUCCCAGCCUAAAUCCAAGCCUCCAUUCCAGGUCGAAGACCCUUCUGAGGUCCACAGCUCCCAGGAAAGGUUUCCCUGGUCUCCCAGGUUCCCCCGUGAACCUCAGGAGCCAUCGCCCCAGUCCCAUCUCAACACAACGGUGGCCCCACAGCUCACCCCCACACUGACAACCUCGUUCCCUGUUCCUUCUUCAUCAGCACUCAGCUCCACCAACACCUCCUCUGCGCCUCCUUUUAGCGUCCCUCCUUCCAUUCAACAAAUUAAAACUGCGAUGACGUCUCCCCCUCUUGCGCCUCUACUGAACACCACUCCCGUUUUUAGUGUGCCACCCAUUAGCCAGAUCAACACCAUCCAUGCUUCCCACCUGAACCUCUUCCCUGCAGCUCUUGCCAGAACUUCCUCCAAACCCCCAUUUUUUACCUCUCCUGCACCAACGACUCCCACAGUUCCUGCGGACCCACCCCUGACCCUACAGGACAUCACAUCGCCCACCCCUCAGCUGAAAAGCACUCACGCCUCCCUCCUGAAUCUCAGUCUGAUCUCCAGCACCUUCAACUACGCCCGGCCCAAAGAGUUCAUAACGGCUCAGACCUUCUCACCGGUUAGGAGUCCUUCCCCGACAGAAUCACCAGUCCCUCUGCUCCAGGAGCUGGCUGCGGAGCUCAACUCUUCAGAAACCAGCUCUCCCAUCCCCCCGCCAUUCUCCCCUCCACCCAGGAUCUCCCCAACUAGGGUGCUCAAGUCUCCCACCAGCCCUCCGUCCCUGGUGUCCUCGCCCACCCCGGGGUCAGUGCCGUACCUGAACAGCAUGCUGGCCUUACGUGCCCAGUCACCCCCACAGGCAGCCUCUCCCACCUCCAGCAGCUCCACCCCUAGCCCCAUCCAGAAUCCCGUAGCCUUUCUCAGCUCUGUCCUGCCGUCGCUGACCCCGAGUCAGCCCACCAACUCGAUGGGCCUUCCCAAAGGAGCUCCAGUUGGGGUUCUAAAGAAAACACCCAAGAAGCAUUUCCUGUCAGCUGAGAACAUCACCGAAAGCAAAGAAUUCCUCAUCCUUGACAUCCAGAAGAAACUUCGACUUAAGGAUGACACUCCACAAUUUUCUUAUCAGCAGAAGCUGAGUAAUAAGGGGAAAACAGCGAACAUACUUCGUGGACCAAACCAAGCUACAGUCAUUAACUAUGAUGAGGAGUACAAAAUAUCCAACUUUGAGCACAGGCUGAUGAGUGAAAUUGAGUUCCGUUUGGAACGAACGCCGGUGGAGGAAUCGGACGAUGAGGUGCAGCAUGAUGACAUACCAACGGGCAAGUGCAUAGCGCCAAUUUUUGAAAAGAAGCUGAAGAAUUUCAAAGCGAUUGAAGGCGUGCCCGUAACAUUCACAUGUAAAGUUAUGGGCAUCCCACCUCCAAAGGUUUAUUGGUUCAAGGAUGGCAAGCAGAUCCUGAGGAAAAACCUCCAUUACAGGAAGAUAAGAGAAGGUGAUGGGACCUGCGCUCUACACAUGGAGUCCACGACCAGUGAUGACGAUGGCAACUACACCGUCAUGGCAGCCAAUCCACAGGGAAGAAUGAGCUGCUCUGGACAUCUGAUAGUCCAAUCUGCACCUCCUCGAAACCAGCUGACUCCUAUUCAGUCCCAGAGGGUGCGAACUCGAGUUCAAGAGGUUGAAGGUGAACAAACUCAGGAGCGUUUUUUUCGGCCUCACUUCCUCCAGGCUCCAGGAGACAUGAUGGCUAACGAGGGAAAGCUGUGCAGACUAGACUGCAAAGUGAGUGGCCUACCCAACCCUGAGCUGAUGUGGUUGGUCAAUGGGAAGCCAGUCUAUCCUGACCUUUGUCAUAAGAUGCUGGUCCGGGAGAACGGAAUCCACUCCCUGGUCAUUGACCCCCUGACGCAGAAUGAUGAAGGCACAUACACAUGUAUCGCAAGCAAUAAAGCAGGGCAGAGCUCUUUUAGUCUAGAAUUAAAAGUUGUUGGUGAGGACCAGAAAAAUAAAAAGAAAGAAAUGAAGCAACCACCUCGGUUUGUGGAGAAGCUGCAGAACGUGGGGAUUCCUGAGGGGACACCAGUAAGGCUGGAGUGUCGCGUGACGGGAAUGCCUCAUCCAGUCAUCUUCUGGAAGAAAGACAACGAGACCAUUUCUAAAACUAAAGACAGAAUAAGCAUGACCCAAGACACCGCUGGAUAUGUUUGUCUCCUCAUCCAGCCAACAACAAAAGACGAUGCUGGCUGGUACACAGUGUCAGCAAAAAAUGACGCUGGAAUAGUAUCUUGCACCUGCAGACUUGAUAUCUAUGCACAGUGGCAUCAGAGUAUCCCAGCACCCAUGAGGAAAGCUCAGCGAACGAGCAGCCGCUACGCCGUUCUGACAGGCCAGGGGCUCGACAUUAAGUCAGCUUUCCCCACAUCAGACACCAGCCCCAUCCUGUUCGCCAGCUCGCCUCCUGAGGCCACACUAGAGGGCGAGGAACUGUGAGCAGUCUGCAGCGCGGUGUCUCUCAGAGGCCUUCCAGGAUGUCGUGUCACCUCACCGAGGCUCAAACAAUACGAGAAAAACAAUAAAAAUCAGAUUUUGUGUGAUGAAUUUGAAGUGGUGCAAUCAGAUUAGAGCAGCAAACAUUUCAUAUGAUAAAGCUGCCAGCACUGGUAGUGGGGUUGUCACCAUUCCUGUUUACUCAGAUCCUUUAAAGAAAGUUUAACUUACAGAAAAAAAGUUUUUGAAAAAGGUUCACAAAGUCUUACUUGAUGAGCCACAGGUGGGGUUUUGUUUCUGAAUGGUUCUCGUGUGUUUUUGACUCCUACUCGGCUGUUAUGGUUGCUUAAACUCGAUCAUGUCUGCUAUCCAAAUGGUGCCGCUUAAUUUUACUGCAAAAAACACACAAGGCUGCACUGGUAGAUACUUUUCAACUUUAUUUCAUUUCCCUGCAGUCAAUGUCGCAUGGACGUGCAGAUCAUGUCUGUGAGUCCGUUGGUCCAGAGCACUGUAGGACGUCCAAACUCGGUCUUUGCACAGCGGGUUGUUAUUCAACACUGUUUUGAUUUUACGUGGAAACAGACUUUUCAGAACAUUUUAAAUGUUCUGGAUUUGAUUUCUCAGAUUUUAAAACUCUAUCGUAACUCACCCUUCUUCAUCAACACAUAAAAACUUACGAGAAUUAAAUUAGAAAAAGUAAAACAUCCAAUUUUUCUAGGGAGUUUCUUGAUGUUUUUUUUUUUAAAGAUUUGAAUUGCUGGAAAAAUAUGGAAUCCAAUCGAAAUCAUGAAUGCUGUGGCUGACGGAAAUGUAAGUAUAACCUUUUAGAAAAACAGCUCGAUUCCUGGCUUCUAGUUUAAAUGCAGACAAAACUGCUUUUUAUCACUUUUAUUUCUUUUUGACAAACAUUUCUAUCCUUCCACGCAGCAAAUAAGUCAGUUUGGACUGAAAACCAACGAAAACCCUCCAAGAGUUUGUUUUUAAUUCACAAAGCUCACGCAGGGAUUGAUUUAAUAAAUUCAAGACAGUUUGGAAACACAUCUUUGAGAAAACAAAUGUUUUAAAUCUCCUAUGUAAAGUUGCACAUUGUAAGAUACGUAUGUCCGUCUUAGAAUAAAGUUAUAUUUAUGCCAACGA